AUGGCAUCUACGGAAACCACGAAACCGACAUUGGAGGCGCAGCUACGCGACGAGUUUUUUGCUUACACAGAAGAAUGGGGUGACUAUUCAUCAUCAGAGUGUGAACAACUAUGGGACAGGGCAAUGGCACUGGCACAAGAUCUAAGGUUCUCGGUCAGCUUGGGAGCUCGGCGCAAGAAGACUGUUUCAGAAGCUGAGCGCAAAGGUCCGCCGCGUCUCAAGGUCGAAGCCCAGAUGACAAAGGUUCUCAAGCAAGAGGAAGGGGGAAACUAUGACAAAAGCUCGAACUGGCCAUGCCUCUCGAACAAUUAUACUAAUGUUUCUGCAAACGAUCUGCGUCCCUCGCUGCUUGCACUCGCGGAUGAUGGCUCAUCCAAGAUCGGGUGGGACGGUCUCCUUUCGGCGGCCAAUUCUCUGCUUAGUGCCACUACUAAGAUUGCAGGACACCGCCAUAUCCCAAAUCACGAAAGCGCUCUUGAGAGUCAGGCGGGCGCGAUGGCAUUGCUGCACAGGUCGUUACCCUACAUACACGUUGUCAAUGCCACACCUGAGGACCUGUGUGUACAAAUCUUGAAUGUUCUGGAAGACCUCGCGCAAUCUUCAAAAGCCCGCGACUGCCUAGUGGAAAUAUAUCGGGUCUCCGCCUCUAGCUCUAAUGUCACAGUUACCAAGAAAAAAUCGUCACUUCGAAAAGAAAUGACUGCUUUGAUAUCCGAUCAGGGUGUGGAGAGUGAAAUAUGGACAAGAGGACUGUCUUUGGCUAGGGCUCGGUCGUCACGAGGGGAAACCAUGAGUCCAAACUUACAAGAGAAAGCUGUACUUGAGGUUCUCAUGCGGGUCAUGACUUCGAUGAUUUAUGUUGUGCUUCAAGAAGGAAUGGACAAAAAGACCUUGUUUAGAAGAAGCACCCAGCUCAUGAAGACGGUAGAACGGCAAUUGAUAGACACGGAUAACACCUGGCCCAGACUGAAAUCGACAGACGUGGAAAUCAAGGGGAAUAAUCUGGUACUUUCGUUUCGUGUUCUUUUGGACUCUCAUCUGGCGGAAGGUAUAUCGAAUGAUGAAACGGUAAGACAGGCCGAAGCGAUUUUUCAAUCGAUCGACGAUAUCAGUAAACAUCCGAUUUUGAGACAAGUUGAGAGCAAAUUUGAUAAUCAUGCGCGAGCAACGAUGCUUUUGAGUUAUACAGCUUUCUCACCAUCUACCAGUAUUCGAACGGGUGUAUUCUCCGACGCAUUCGACUAUACGAGGACGAUGACACUGAAUUGCUUGGAUUGUUUCUCGAGUCUACGGGAGUCAGUGUGUUGCAUUGAGGCUUCUACGUUGUUGGAUCUAUGCGAACUCGUCCAUGCUGUAGCUGAAUCACCUUCUAUGAUCGGCGCCUACGCGUUGUUGAGGGAGAGGAAAGCUAUUCCACUACCUGAGGUCAUCGUGAAGGCGCCCUCUUCAGACGGCGGUGUAAACGGCCCACAAUCUUCUCCUACCUCUGUCAACCCCGCCUACCUGUCAGCCCAAUGGGAAUCCACUAGGAUUACUUCACGUAUGAAUGGGCCGGAUUUGUCUCCAUAUAAUCCGGACUCAUCGUUCAACGAGAAGUUCUCAAAGUUGGAAGUGAAGGAAGAACGACGGUUGCCAGUUGAUCUUGGAUGGCUAUCAACCAUUUUUGGGGGUGUCUCUGUGGUAUCAAAUCUUUAUGACCAAGCUCUGAGGAUUUCAGAAAUAAAUCCCACUUCUCCAGAAGGUAAUGAGUGGACUCCCUACGAAAUUGUCAGACGAUUGGCCAAGUACUUGGUAACCGCUGGGACCUACGCGGCCGCUCGCUUUAAUUUGGAUAUCUCACAAUUGCACGAGACCACAAAGCGUGUGAUUCCUCUGAUUGAUGAUCCUAGUUGGUAUGCUAUGCCAGAUCACAAAACUGGGUCAAUUAUCGCCGCUAAAGCAUUCGAAAUUCACUUCUCAGCAGAACCCCGCCAAAACAUGCCCCAAUCUGUAAGCUGGAUCUUGGAAGCCAGUCAAGAAAUCUCUCAGGAUGUGUUUUUCUUGGGGGAAGAUGGGAAUCUGAAGGCAGCGAUACUGAUGUGUGACAUGACCAUCUGGACCAAGGAUGGAAAUGACAAGAUGUCAGUGCAUUCCGCCAUUCACAAGGCCCAGUGCAAUACCAUUGAUGCUCUGGAGUUACUUAAUUCCCCGGACUGUGACAGGAGCCUCCCAGAUGCAACCGAGACCAUCAUGCUUGCGAAAUGGGACUUUGGUGAAAACUCGAGAGAAAUUGACAGUUUUACUCAACUACGAGCUGAUGUGCUUGCAGCAGCUCAUGCAAAUCGAGACUAUCAGCGGAUGAGCACAUUCAAAUUCCCCGAAUACUCUGUGCCUGAACUCAGUACGAGCAAUGGAAGUCGAUCUGUCAGCUCAGUUGGAACUCCAGAUUACACUAGACCUGAUAGUGCAAUGUCUGGUGAUAGACCUCCAGAGGUGAUCGUCGCUGGAGCAAGAAUAGUUUGUCCGAAACCCAUCCCAGCAUCAGGAAAUGCGGGGCCAUUUGAGAUUAUGAUUUCCAAUACUGAGUAG